UCAUGUCUCUCACAAACGGCUCGCCCUCAGAAGCCGCAAGAGCAGCAAAGCUCUCUUCCCGCACCCUCGCCAUCCUCUCCACCGAAGACAGAAACUCUGCUCUGCAAUCAAUCCACGAUGCACUCUCGACAGCAAAAUCAGACAUCUUGCAAGCAAAUGCCCGUGACUUGGAGAUUGCGACAAAGUCUGCUGCUGAUGGAGAGUUGAGCCAGAGUAUUUUGAAGAGAUUGGAUCUUUCUAGACCUGGCAAGUUUGAGGAUAUGUUGAAGGGGAUUUUGGAUGUGAAGGGGUUGGAGGAUCCUGUUGGAAAGGUUGAUAUGCGGACGGAGCUAGAUGAUGGGCUUAUUCUGCAACGUCAAUCAUGUCCGAUUGGUGUUCUGUUGAUCAUCUUCGAGGCUCGUCCUGAAGUUAUCGCCAACAUUGCUUCUUUGGCUAUCAAGUCUGCAAAUGCUGCUAUCCUGAAGGGUUCGUACUGGUCAGAAUUCGAGUCAACAGAAUCAUUCAAGAUCAUCGCCACAGUCAUCUCCAAAGCACUCGAGAGCACAAAAGUCCCUAACGACUCGAUCCAACUUGUCACAACCAGAGAUGCUGUGGACCCUCUGCUUCAACUCAGCCAGUACAUCGAUCUUGUCAUUCCUCGUGGAUCAAACGAGCUUGUGCGCCACUGCCAACGUAUGGCUCACAUGCCUGUUCUCGGUCACGCUGAUGGUCUAUGCCAUUACUACAUUCACCCUGAUGCCGAGCCUGAGAUGGCUGCAAGCGUUAUCGUGGACUCAAAGACAGACUACCCAGCAGCUUGCAACUCUCUCGAAUCUCUACUGGUCAACGAAGACGCACUGAAAACAAUUCUGCCUGGCGUAGCAUCAGCUCUUCUCGCCAAGGGUGUAUCAUUGCGCUGCGACCCUACCUCAAAGGCCGCACUUUCGGAGACUCUGGACAAGCAUGAAGCAGCCAUGCUGCAAGACGCUGGCGAGUCAGACUUUGACACAGAGUUCCUCGACUUGAUCCUCGCCAUCAAGACCAUCCCCAGAACCGAAGAUCCGCUAGAGGCCGUCGAUGCCGCAGUCGAGCACAUCAACAUGCACGGCUCACACCACACAGAUGCCAUUCUCACAUCCUCGGAACAGACCGCUGAUCGCUUCUGCAAUGGUGUGGACAGUGCAUGCAAGUUCUGGAACUGCAGUACGAGAUUGUCGGAUGGUAUGCGUUUCGGCUUUGGCACUGAGGUCGGUAUUAGUACCAACAAAGUACAUGCCAGAGGACCUGUUGGUUUGGAAGGUCUUUGCAUUCACGAAUACAGAAUCAAGGGAUCUGGACAGGGUGCUGCAAUGUACGGAGUAGGUGGCAGCAGACAGUGGAAGCACAAGAAGUUGCCGCUU